AUGAGCUCGUCACUCGUUGCUUAUGAUGAUUCAGACUCUGAGGCAGAAGCUGAAAAGACUGAACUUCCCAAUACUUCUAGUCGACAAACAAGCCUUCCAAGUUCUUCUGUGGAUCAUGUUCAGUACUUUGCACCUGGUAGUUUGGGUACAAAAUCUACAUAUGAAAUGCAGCCUGCUGAGAGCACUGACAGUUCUGGCACAAGCACUGUUUGUGAAGAUCCCCCUGAGCAUUAUGCACAGAAUAAUAACACUGAUUUGACAUCUCCUUAUUGUAGGAGAGCAUACUCUGGCCAUACUGCAUUAUGUAUGUCCUACAUGAACUAUGAACAGACAUCAAGCUCUUCAACAAACUCUGUAAAUGGCAUUUCCCAGAAGAGAAUUCAUAAAGACAGUACUUCUGCAAUAAAAGGAAUUAGACCAUAUAUCCCUAAAAGGUUGCGUCAAGAAAAUUCCAGAAUGCCUGAAAAAAAAGAAUCUGAUCAGAGGGAUAGCUCAGAUUGUGAUGUUAAGCUAGGCAUAUCAGGAGAGCAGACUUUGAGAAGGAUCUCUGAAUUAAUUAAGCCAUAUUUGGGAUCCAAAUAUAAAGUAACUGAAGUCCCCAAAAGCUUAAUAUUUUACAUGUCUAAGCACAGCGGCCCUGUUAAUGAAAUCCAGUGGUGUCCUGUACGAGAACAAAGUCACAUGCUUCUCUCGGCUUCUAUGGAUAAAACAAUCAAGGUAUGGGAUGCUGUAGAUAUAGGCUGCUGUUUAAAAACAUAUUCCUGUCACUCCUGUGCUGUUCGAGCUGCCCGGUGGUCAUCUUGUGGAAGAAGGAUCCUCAGUGGGGGCUUUGAUUCCAUGGUGCAUUUAACGGAUGUCGAAACAGGGAAGCAAAUAUUUAGCAGCAAAAAUGAAUUUAGGAUCAGUGCGCUGAAGUUCCACCCUACAGAGCCAAAUACUUUCAUUUGUGGAGGGUUCAGCCCAGAAGUUAAAGCUUGGGAUAUAAGGACUUCAAAGGUGUUAAGAGUGUACAAAGCUGCAAUACAACAGACAUUGGAUAUCCUCUUUCUCCCUGAAGCAAGAGAAUUUCUUACAAGCACAGAUGCAGUAAGCCGGGACUCAGCUGAUCGUACCAUUAUUGCAUGGGACUUCCAAAGUGCUGCAAAAAUCUCCAAUCAGAUUUUUCAUGAGCGUUACACUUGCCCAAGUCUGACUCUGCACCCAGAAGAGUCGGUGUUUGUAGCUCAAACGAAUGGGAACUACAUGGCUUUGUUUUCUGCCCAGCGACCUUACCGAAUCAACAAAAAGAAAAGAUAUGAAGGACAUAAGGUGGAAGGAUUUGCAGUGGGCUGUGAAUUUUCUCCAGAUGGAACACUUUUGGUGACAGGAAGUUCAGAUGGCAAAGUGUUUUUCUACAACUAUCAUACUGCUAGGAUUAUUCGCACUUUGUCUGCACAUAAAGAAGCUUGUGUGAGUGCAAUAUUUCACCCAGUCUUGCCAUCGCUCCUUGCAACAUGUGACUGGGCUGGAGAAAUCAAGAUCUGGCAAUAA